GAAAUUAAACUGCAAAAUUCCUCUAUGGCCUUCACUCAAUCGGCAUCUUUUCGUUUCUGCACUAUCUUGCCACUUAAAACUCGCACUUCCCUCCCAUUGUCAAGCACCAAAUGCCUUCCAAGCUAUGUACAUGCUCAACACACGAUUGCCACCAAAAUUCCUGAUAACAUCACUGUCAGGAGAUCUGCCAACUACCCACCUUCUAAAUGGAGCCAUGAUUUUGUUGCGUCCUUGAAAAAUGAAUAUGCGGGAGAGCCGUACACCACAAGAGUUAACAAGUUGAAAGAAGAAGUAAAGACGAUGCUUGAAAGUGCAACAAAUCCUUUGGAUCAGCUUGAGAUAAUUGAUGCUCUGCAAAGACUUGGAGUGGCUUACCAUUUUGAGGAUCAAAUAGAAACAAAACUGAAGAGCAUAUACAAUGAUACUUUUAAUAAACAAAGGUUGAAACAGGACCCCCACUCUUUUGCCACCGCUCUUGAAUUCAGACUUCUAAGAAAGCAUGGCUACAAUGUACCUCAAGAGGCUUUCUGUAGUUUCAUGGAUUUGGAAGGAAAUUUCAAGGCAUCCCUUUGCCACGAUUUGAAGGGACUUGUCUAUUUGUAUGAAGCCUCAUACCUUUCCUUACCAGGUGAGGCUAUCUUAGAGGAGGCACAAAAAUUUUCAUCCAAGAAUCUCAAAGCAUAUCUGAAAAAGGAGAACAAUUCUAGUACUAGCGGUGAUGAUGCUAAAAAUGAUCAUUUGAAUAUGGCGAGGCAUGCCCUGGAGCUCCCUUUUCAUUGGAGGAUGCAAAGGCUAGAGGCCAGAUGGUUCAUCGAUGUUUAUGAGAAUAGCCCAGAUAUGAAGCCUAUUCUUCUUGAACAUGCAAAAUUAGACUUCAACAUGGUCCAAGCCGUUCACCAGCAAGAUUUGAAACAUGCUUCCAGUUGGUGGAAGGGGACAGGUCUUGGUGAAAAGUUGGCUUUUGUGAGGGCCAGGCCGAUGGAGGGCUUCCUAUGGACUGUUGGGGGAGUUUUCGAGCCUCAAUAUGGACAUUUCAGGAGAAUUCUAUCGCAAGUUGGUGCACUUAUUACUGUAAUCGAUGAUAUUUAUGAUGUUUAUAGUACCCUAGAUGAGGUGGAGCUAUUUACAGAGGCUGUUACGAGGUCUGUAUCUGUAAUAAUUAAUAUUCUUUUUUCUAAUAACUAGUUUGUAAUUUAAUUUGAACAUUAAUUAUUUGUAAUUUUUUCAGAUGGGACAUCAAUGAAAUGGAUAAACUUGCGGACUACAUGAAAAUAUGUUUUCUUGCUUUGUACAACUCCAUUAAUGAAAUUGCAUUUGAUAGUCUUAAGGAGGAAGAGCUUCACAUCACUCCUUACCUGAAGAAAGCGGUGAUUAAUGCUUCCAUUUCUACAGAUUAAUGCUUAAUUAUAAGAGUUUUCUUA